AUGUCGCUUAUUUUCACCCCGCGCAGAGAUGCCGCCGCUGCAUCCACUACAACAGCCACGGCAGAAUCCGCAGAUCGAGGACCCGAACUUAACGUCGCGACGACCUGUUUACUCGUACUUGCCACUGCAUUCGUCGGCCUUCGAUUUUGGGCCCGUCGCAUCACAUCCUAUGCAUACGGCGCAGAUGAUUGGAUGCUGGUUGCCGGUUUGGUGGUAGUUUUUAUUACGGGCUCAUUAAAUUAUGCUAUGAUAUCCUAUGGUCUUGGCCGCCAUGCCUCCGAGGUGCCGCUCGCCGACCUUGUCGUAUUUUUCAAGCUCUUGUUAGCGUUUGAGUGCAUCUACGUCACGGGCGUGAUGCUUAUCAAGCUCUCGAUCUUGCAAAUGUACCUGCGAAUCUUCCCCUCCAAGCAAUUCAAAAUCAGCGCUGCUGCUAUCGCCUUCGUCGUCAUCGGCUGGUGGAUCGCCAUAGUCUUCGUCUGCAUCUUCCAAUGUACCCCAGUGUCCAAAGCCUGGCUGCCAUGGAGCGAAGGGAAAUGUAUCGACCUCAAGGCCUCAUUUAUUGGGAAUGCUAUUCCCAAUAUCUUAACUGAUGUGGCUAUUCUGUGCAUGCCCAUUGGUCAGGUAUGGAAGUUACAAGCCAAGCUUAUACAGAAGCUGUCGUUGUGUUUUGCCUUCUUAUUGGGUAGUUUCGUCUUAUUCGCGAGUAUCUAUCGCUUUAGCACAAUUAUGCAAUUUGAAAUCGCCGACACGACCUGGACCCUAGCAACAGCAUGUACAUGGUGCGUGGUUGAGACCGCCUGCGGCGUCAUUAGCGCCUGUCUGCCCACCCUCCGUCCGCUACUUGCCAAGGUCACCAGCGGCUUCUCCUUGGCGGCCAGCCGCGGAACGGGAGCAAAAGAUUACCAAAACCGCAGUGGCUCCGAGCUUGUCACCAUCGGUGGGGGCGGUAGCCGGUCAGCUAAACGAAACUUCGAGACCUCGACAGGCGACAGGGCUUUCUCCAAUACCGACCUCUUCACCCCGCUCGGUUCCAGGACGGAUCACGCGAGUGAGCGGACAUCUGGUGACGAGUUUCCACUCAAGCAGACUGUCUGACACUGAUGGGACAUGAAGUGGGACAUGAAGUUGUAGGAUCGGGGUGCUGGUGUCAAGAAUUAUGUUAGCGUGUAAACGCUGGGGAUUGAUGAAAUAUAAUGGAUGUAAUGAUGUAGUCGCGGAAGCUGAAUAAACCAACUAAUUUCUGUAUUUGCACAUCGCAUGAUCACGGCUAGUUG